AUGGCAAAAACGUCACCUACUUCAGCCGGUCUGGGUAUCGACCUAGGGUCUACUGCGGUGAGAGUUGGCAUUUAUGAUUUGAAGACGGAUAAGUUAAUUGAUAUAGUAGCCAAGCCGGUUCCGUACACUAAUCAUGGGGGAAAUAGGGUGACCCAGAGUUCAACAGAUAUCAUGUCUGCCAUACAUGGAUGCAUCCAGGAUUUAAACCCCGACCUUAAAAGCGUACUUUCGUGCGGCGUAGCUGCGACCUGUUCGCUUGCUGUUUUUACUCAAGACAUAGAAGAUCUUAAGCCACUGGACAUCCACGGUGUAAAACAGGAACCUUGCCAUAAUGUUGUGUUUUGGAUGGACAGUUCUGCGACCUUAGAGUGUGAAAUAGUCAACAAAACGGCGGGCCGACUAAAGGAGUUUAUGGGAGGAAGUUUUGUCCCCGAGAUGGGCAUUCCAAAACUAGCAUCGAUUUUUAAGAAGCCUGAAGCCGAAGGACAUAAAUUAGAAGUUUUUGAUCUUCACAGCUAUAUCGCCUAUGAAUUAGCUAUCAAAUAUGGUUGGGAUACCUCUCGAAUCAUUAACAAACCUAACGAAAAUAGAAUUGGCCAUGAUGGUGAAUUGAAGGGUUGGGACGCUGGCUUUUACAAUGAUGUUUUGAAAUUGCCAGCGAAUGUUAAGAUCGGACCUAUCCAUGCCUUAAACACAGAAAGCCCAGUAAGAGUUGCUAGCUGCAUAGACUGUUAUUCAAACUGGUUUUCUAUGUGCUCAUCUUCGCCGAAUAACUCUCUCUUCAUGGCGGCUGGCACAUCAACUUGCUAUCUUUACGCAAACACCGAGAACAAAGGAUGUAUCCCAGGUGUGUGGGGACCCUUCACAAAUAUUCUGGAUGGCAGUGAAGCCAAGGAAUGGUCGGUAUAUGAAGCAGGGCAAUCUACCACGGGUAAGUUGAUUGAGCACCUUUUUGAAACGCACCCUGCAGCAAGAGCGUACUCUAUGGACAAAAGCAAACUCUUUUCUGCAAUUGAGAGCGCUAUUGAGAAGCUUGAGCAGGAUUUUGGAGAAUCUGUACACUUCAGGUCGAAACAUAUGUUCACAUAUGGCGAACUUCAAGGCAAUAGAACGCCUUAUUGCGACUCAUCUAUGUCUGGAAUGUUUAUCGGGGAAACUACUGACACAUCGUUUCAGGAUCUUGUUUUGAAGUACGUGACUAUUCUCGAGUUUUUGGCAUUCCAAGUUAAGCAUAUCAAGGAGUGCUUCAAAGCAGAGAUAAAAGACAUAAGAAUAGCAGGCAGCCAAGCUAAAAACACAAGACUUUUGACCUUGUUUUCUUUAGUCAAUGAUCAGAUUACGGUGAAGAUUCCUGCGCAGAGAACAGAUUACAUGGGCGUCGAAGGCGCUUACUUGCUUGGAAAAGCCGCUCACAAAAAUAUUAAUAUCAUCGAUCUUAUAGACAAAAGAGACAGGCUCCAGUCACAUAUUUUAGAGCUAGGGCCAAUGAAGUUAGGCAACCACAAUACAAAGUUAAAGCAGUUAUUAGAGGCAAAGUACAAAAUUUAUUUAGACAUGGCACAGACACAAAUGAGAUACCGAGCAAUGGUAGAUUCCGUUUAA